AUGGGCUCGAACGGCAAGCUCGACAAGCACGAUGACCCGGAGCACGCCGACUUUUUCGGUCCACGGCCUCCCGCUGGCUAUGCUGCCCUGAGGGCGGCGCCGUCGCAGAUCCUUCUGCCGCUCACGGUAUCCAACAAGUGCGGGCAGGCAUUCCGAUGGCGCGCGAAUAAAGUAUGGGUUCCCACAGCGUCGGCCCCAAGCAGUGGUGGAUGGGGCGAACAGAUCGAGUGGUCUCUAUGUCUAGCGGACCGAGUGGUGCUCCUGCGUCAAGACGAGCACCGCGGCUUCCUUUACCACAAGACACUACUCCCCUCUACCUCUUCGCGGCCCGUUGACGGGGCGAACGAUGCGCAGACUAUCAGGGAGACGGAACGGUGGCUAAAGGACUACCUCAACCUCGAUGUGCCGCUCGAGGCGCUGUAUGCCGAAUGGGAGGCCAAGGAUGCUGUCUUUGCGCGGUUUGCCACGCGCUUCUCGGGCCUGCGCAUGCUGAGGCAGGAUCCGUGGGAGUGCCUGUGCGCCUUCGUGUGCAGUUCGAACAACAAUAUUGCGCGCAUAGGGCAGAUGGUGCAGAAUCUCUGCACCCACUUUUCGCCACCCUUGCUCGAGCAUGGCUAUGCUGCUCCACCACCGACGGUUGCAGAGGAGGUCGAGCAGGGAGAGAUGAAGAUCGUGUAUCAUCCGUUCCCCUCGCCAGAGGCGCUGGCCAAGCCAGGGGUGGAGGAGAAGCUGCGCGAGCUCGGCUUCGGAUACCGUGCAAAGUACCUCGCCAAGACGGCGCAGAUGCUGUGCGAGCAGCACGCGCAGGCGAGCGCGACCAAAGCACACACAACAUACAAAGCAGAUCAUCUGGACGAGUCGCACUGGCUGUACGGCAUCAAGCCGGAAGAGGACAUCUCAACUCCCGCCACACCUGAUUCCGCCAGCGGAUCGAAGGACACUACAGAGGUUGGAAGGGCUGUUAAACGAGCGCGACGAUCAAGCGCACCAAACGCAUCGAACUCCUCCACCCCGUCGGCGGCGUCCGAGGGCGAAGAAAAGAGGUUUGAAUCGGUGCGAUCGUAUCUGCAGCAUCUGCGUACACUAUCGUAUCACUCGGCACGGCAAGAGCUGAUCCAGUAUCCGGGCGUGGGGCCUAAAGUGGCCGACUGUAUUCUGCUCAUGUCGCUCGACCAAGCCUCGAGCAUACCGGUGGACAGACACGUGUUUCAGUUUGCCGAAAAGUGGUACCGCCUACGCACGAAGCGGUACGAGGAGAUCGCCGACCACUUCCGUGCGCUCUGGGGCGAGUAUGCGGGAUGGGCCCACAGCGUACUGUUUACAGCCGACCUAAGAUCGUUUGCAACGUACAACGCUGCGAGGAAGGAAGAAAAGAUAGAAGAUGCAGACAAGGCGUUUUGGGGCGUGCCACAAGUCACCGAGGGUUAUCCUACGCCACCUUCGAGUCAGGUGGUCAAGAAGGAGGAGGAAAAGUUGCAGGCGGUGCAUUCGCCUCCCCGUGUUGCCAUUCCGCAACUCGUGCCCCAGUCAAUGGAAGGAGAGGGCGCUACACUGGCGGAACGCCUCAAGGCUCGACCCAAACGCAAGAGUCGGUCCACCUAA